AUGAAAACUGUUGUGAUUGUUUCGCUGACCGCUUUUGCCUACGCCACCUGCCAAGGAGGUCCACCAGUUGACAACGCGGAAAAAGCUUAUGCCUGGUACGGGCAAGGCGGUUUCGCCGACAAGGGAUACUACGGUGGCGGCCGAGGGGGUUUCGGAGGAGGCCAUGGCGAUCAAGGGGGAUUCGAUGACAUCCAAGGAGUACAAGUUGAUAUCGGGGGUGAGAGAGUUUCAGGUGGUUUCAGAGGAGGCCGAGGCGGACGAGCUGGUUCUGGUGGCCAAGGUGGUGCAGGUGGCAUCGGAGCACGCGGGGGUUCCGGAGGGUCGGGAGGUUCAGCAGGCUCCGGGGGGUCGGGAGGUGCAGGAGGUUUCGGGGGGGUAGGAGGUGCAGGAGGUGCCGGGGGGCCGGGACGUGAAGGAGGUUCUGGUGGGAAGGGAGGUGCAGGAGGCUCCAGGGGGCCGGGAGGUGACGGGGGUGCCGGGGGGGCGGGAGCUUCAGGAGGUCCCGGUGGAGCGGGAGGUGUAGGAGGUUCCGGGGGGGCUGGAGGUGCAGGAGGUUCCAGAGGGCCAGGAGGUCACAGAGGUGCUGGGAUGCCAGGAAGUCCCGGGAUGCCAGGAGGUCCAGGAAGUUCAGGGAAGCCGGGAGGCUCAGGAAGCCCCGGGCAGCCGGGAACUGCAGGAGGUGUCGGGGGGGCGGGCGGUGCAGGAGGUGCAGGAGGAAGGGCA